AUGUCGUGGGUGCGAUUCACGAAGACGGGCGUCGCCGUCGUCGCCACGUCGGCGGCGGCGAUGCUCGCGCUCGACAUGACGAACGAGAAGCGAUUUCAGCGAGCAAAGAUCACUUCCGAACAGUUCACCGCCGAUCGACUCGCCGAAUUGAAUAAACGAGCUCCGAGUGCUCUCCCAACCCGAAAAGAUAUUCUGACCAGUUUGAAUAAAGGUGACGAAUUCGAUGUUCUCAUCAUUGGAGGCGGAGCCACUGGCGCUGGCGUCGCCCUCGACGCUCAAACACGUGGAUUGAAGACGGCACUCGUCGAGUUGGACGAUUUCUCGUCGGGAACAUCGUCGAGAUCGACGAAAUUGAUUCAUGGAGGUGUUAGAUACCUUCAGGUGCGGGAAAAUCCAAAAAAAAACGCAUAA